CCCUGUUCGUGUUCAGAACAAUAUUUUUCGGAAUAAUUUAUCUAAAUUCCAGUGCCUUUUAAAUUUUUCAAAAAUGAAAACGUUGAACUUUUUGGCUCCAAUUUCACAAAUAGUUAAACCUAUUCGAAAACAAAGUGUUUCGCGAGUUAAUGCCCUGUUGAUAAAUGUUCCACGAGUUCAAAUAUCGAAGGGGAAAAACCAAUAUCUUUUAAUGACGAUACACAUGCACGGUUUUACCAGGUUCGGCAGGACAAUCGUCAGAGGAUCCGAUUCGAUGACCCACGAGGAAAUUUUUGAAGAAACCCAGGAGGAAAUGGACGGAAUUGGCAUCUGUACCAAAUCCCUUGGUGGAGGGUUCAUCAGUAACAAAGAGGACAAGAAGGUAAUCAAGAUCUAUGGGUGCUGCAAGACGUUCGGAGAAGCGCCUCACGGAAGGACGAAGGACAUAUUGCUGUCGUGGACCAAAUAUCAGCAUUUCAAUAUCAUCUUGCCCAAAAAGAAUAUGAAUGCAUAUGAAGAAUAAGGCACGGUGACAGAGUUUAAAAAAACUUACGACAUAUUGGACAAUUAAUAAAAUACAUGAAGAAAUACGUUACCAAA